UUUUUGGUACCAGGGAUUGAACUCGGGUCCUUGCGCUUGCAAGGCAGGCAGCGAAACCACUGAGUUAAAUCCCCGGCCCACGUUAGGUCUUUCUUUAUGUCCGGUUGUAAGGAUCUCUUUACUUUUGUAUCCCUUUAGUUAUCAGAUAGAGCUCCUUGAGGACAGGGAUCCCAAGUGUUGGAUUUCUCCUUCCAUUCACCUAGUACUUACUUAGUACUUACCUAAGGAGCUAGGCAUCUCUCCAGGUAUGAGGGAUAUAUUGGUGAACAGGCAGGCAAAAGUCCUCAACUCCAUGGAGCUUACCUUCUAGCAGAAGGAAGCCAAAAUAAACCUUAGUGAAUUACAUAGCGUGGUAGAAGAUGGUGUGACAGUGAAAAAUAGAGCAGGAUGUGAGGUCCAUUGCUGACGGAGGAGAGGGAGUCGCAGUUUUAGAUGGAGUACUCAGAGAAGGUCUCCCUGGGAGGUGUUUGUGGAAAGACUCAAAGCAGAAGCUGUGUGGGUGCCUGAGGGCAGGCUGUGGAGGCUGAGGGAGCAGGCGUCCUCUGUGGCCAUUCCGUCAGAUGGAAUGGCGAGCAGAUAUGGCGUAUGUGAGCGUCCAGCUCAGUCUCCUGGCUUUCACCCCUCAGGCUUGUCUCCUGGCUUCCCAGGUGCCAUGAGGAAGCCCCGCCGGAAGUUGCGGCAGAAUGCCGAGGGCCGGCGUUCGCCAUCCCCCUACAGUCUCAAGUGCUCCCCGACCCGAGAGACGCUGACGUAUGCCCAGGCCCAGCGGAUUGUCGAGGUGGACAUUGAUGGACGCCUGCACCGUAUCAGCAUCUAUGACCCGCUCAAGAUCAUCACUGAGGAUGAGCUGACUGCUCAGGACAUCACCGAAUGCAACAGUAACAAGGAAAACAGUGAGCAGCCUCAGUUCCCUGGCAAGUCCAAGAAACCCUCAUCCAAGGGCAAAAAGAAGGAGUCCUGCUCCAAGCAUGCGUCCGGCGCCUCCUUCCAUCUCCCACAGCCCAGCUUCCGCGUGGUGGAUGCAGGCAGCCAGCCGGAAGCGCCUCCGCUGCCCGCCGCCUAUUACCGCUACAUCGAGAAGCCACCUGAAGACCUGGACGCGGAGGUGGAGUACGACAUGGAUGAGGAGGACCUGGCCUGGCUGGACAUGGUGAACGAGAAGCGGCGCGCAGAUGGGUACAGUUCAGUGUCAGCGGACACCUUCGAGCUCCUCGUAGACCGGCUGGAGAAGGAGUCGUACCUGGAGAGUCGCAGCAGUGGGGCCCAGCAGUCGCUCGUUGACGAGGACGCCUUCUGCUGCGUCUGCCUGGACGACGAGUGCCACAACAGCAACGUCAUCCUCUUCUGUGACAUCUGCAACCUGGCUGUGCACCAGGAAUGCUACGGUGUCCCCUACAUCCCCGAGGGCCAGUGGCUGUGCCGCUGCUGCCUGCAGUCUCCCUCCCGGCCUGUGGAUUGUGUCCUCUGCCCCAAUAAGGGUGGUGCCUUCAAACAGACCAGCGAUGGGCAGUGGGCCCACGUAGUGUGUGCCAUCUGGAUCCCUGAAGUCUGCUUCGCCAACACUGUGUUCCUGGAGCCUAUCGAGGGCAUCGACAACAUCCCACCCGCCCGCUGGAAGCUGACCUGCUAUAUCUGCAAGCAGAAGGGGCUGGGCGCAGCCAUCCAGUGCCAUAAAGUGAACUGCUACACAGCCUUCCACGUGACAUGCGCACAGCGGGCUGGGCUCUUCAUGAAGAUCGAGCCCAUGCGGGAGACCAGCCUCAAUGGCACCAUCUUCACAGUGCGCAAAACCGCCUACUGUGCGGCCCACUCCCCGCCCAGCACCGCCACUGCCAGGAGGAAGGGCGACUCCCCCAGAAGCCUCAGCGAGGCAGGGGACCAAGAUGGGCUGAAGGAGGGUGGGGGAGGGGAGGAAGAAGAGGGAGAAGUGGCGGAAGAGGAGCAGGAAGGCCAAGGCGGAGUGGGCAGCCCCCCCAAGGCAGGGCCCAAGAAGAACAAGGUGAAGCAAAAGAUGAAGAAGGAGCCAGAGGAAGCAGGCCGAGACACACCUUCCACCGUCCCUGCUGUCACUGUGUCACAGAUACCCUCUCACAGGUUGAACAAGAUCUGUAGUGGUCUCUCCUUUCAGAGGAAAAACCAGUUCAUGCAGCGGCUUCACAACUACUGGCUGUUGAAGCGGCAGGCGCGGAAUGGCGUUCCUCUCAUCCGGCGCCUACAUUCCCACUUGCAGUCCCAGAGAAACGCUGAGCAGCGAGAGCAAGACGAGAAGACGAGUGCAGUGAAGGAAGAGCUGAAAUACUGGCAGAAGCUCCGGCAUGACUUGGAGCGGGCGCGGCUGCUGAUUGAGCUGAUUCGGAAGAGAGAAAAGCUCAAGCGGGAGCAGGUCAAGGUCCAGCAGGCCGCCAUGGAGCUGGAGCUGAUGCCCUUCAAUGUGCUGCUGAGGACCACCCUGGACCUGCUGCAGGAGAAGGAUCCUGCACACAUCUUUGCGGAACCUGUCAACCUGAGUGAGGUUCCAGAUUACCUGGAAUUCAUAUCCAAGCCAAUGGAUUUUUCUACUAUGAGGCGGAAGCUGGAGUCCCACCUGUACUGCACCUUGGAGGAGUUUGAGGAGGACUUUAACCUUAUAGUUACCAACUGCAUGAAGUAUAAUGCUAAAGACACAAUUUUCCACCGAGCAGCUGUCCGCUUGCGGGACCUGGGAGGGGCCAUCCUACGGCACGCCCGGCGGCAGGCAGAGAACGUCGGCUAUGACCCCGAGAGGGGCACCCACCUGCCGGAAUCACCCAAAUUAGAAGACUUUUACCGCUUCUCCUGGGAAGACGUGGACAACAUCCUCAUCCCAGAGAACCGGGCCCAUUUGUCCCCAGAGGUGCAGCUGAAGGAGCUGCUGGAGAAACUGGAUGUGGUGAGUGCCAUGCGGUCCAGCGGGGCCCGCACCCGCCGCGUCCGCCUGCUGCGCCGGGAGAUCAACACCCUUCGGCAGAAGCUGGCACAGCCGCUGCCACUACCACAGCCACCCUCACUGACUAAGACUGUGUCCAAUGGAGAGCUGCCCGCAGGGCCCCGGGGGGAUGCAGCUGUGCUGGAGCAGGUCCUGCAGGAGGAGCUGGAAGAUGAUGGGGACAGAGAUGACUCCAAACUGCCUCCCCCACCAACCCUAGAGCCCACUGGGCCUGCACCGUCUUUGUCUGAGCAAGAAUCCCCCCCGGAUCCCCCCACCCUGAAACCCAUCAGUGAUAGCAAACCUCCAAGCCGAUUCCUAAAGCCCAGAAAAGUAGAAGAAGAUGAGCUCUUGGAGAAAUCACCUCUGCAGCUAGGGAGCGAGCCCUUGCAACACUUGCUCAGUGACAACAGCAGCAACAGACUGUCUCUGAUGGCCCCCGACAGCCUUGCCGAUGCCCCACUCAGUGGCGUGGGGCGUCGCACAUCGGUUCUGUUCAGGAAGGCCAAGAAUGGGGUCAAGCUCCAGAGGAGCCCGGACAGGGCCUUGGAGAACGGCGAGGACCACGGUUCGGCGGGCUCUCCGGCCUCUCCUGCCAGCACUGAGGAUGAGCACCAUUCCCGGAAGCGGCCGAGGAGCAGGAGCGGUAGUGAGAGCGAGGGGGAGAGGUCCCCACAGCAGGAGGAAGAGACAGGUGUGACCAACGGCUUUGGAAAGCACACGGAAAGUGGGUCUGACUCAGAAUGUAGCUUGGGUCUCAGUGGCGGCCUGGCAUUCGACGCCUGCAGCAGUCUGACACCUCCCAAGCGCAGCCGUGGGAAGCCUGCCCUAUCCCGAGUGCCCUUCCUGGAAGGUGUGAACGGAGACUCUGACUACAGUGGCUCAGGCAGAAGCCUCCUGAUGCCCUUUGAAGACCGCGGAGACCUGGAGCCCCUGGAGCUGGUGUGGGCCAAGUGCCGAGGCUACCCCUCCUACCCUGCCUUGAUCAUCGACCCCAAGAUGCCCCGGGAGGGCCUCCUGCACAAUGGCGUCCCCAUACCUGUCCCCCCGCUGGACGUGCUGAAGCUGGGAGAACAGAAGCAGGCAGAGGCUGGAGAGAAGCUCUUCCUUGUCCUCUUCUUUGACAACAAGCGCACCUGGCAGUGGCUUCCAAGGGACAAAGUCUUGCCCCUGGGUGUGGAAGACACUGUGGACAAGCUCAAGAUGCUAGAAGGCCGCAAGACCAGCAUCCGCAAGUCAGUACAGGUGGCCUAUGAUCGCGCCAUGAUCCACCUCAGCCGCGUCCGGGGCCCCCACUCCUUCGUCACCUCCAGCUACCUGUGAGGGCCGAGCUGGGCCUACGUCCGCCCGCCCGCCCGCCUGCCAUCCGUGGGGCACGAGAAGCCCCUCCUGCCCUGGCCAGACAUGUGGCCGGCAGCUUCCCCGCGGGGGCUGGACUGUGUCCCCAUGGAGGGGAGGCCCCCAUUCUGACCGCUCAUGUGGUUCCCUGGAGGGCUGCUGUGUGCCAAAGCCUCCUGCCCGGGUCCCUCCAGACGCUCCACUGAAGAACCACUUGCUGUGGGCUUGGCCCGGGCCAGGCUGAGGUGAGAAGGCCUGCGCUCCUCGGGCUGCCUGGCUCCCUCCAUCCCCCCAGGGCGGCCAAGGCCCACACUGAUCCCAGAGAUGCCGUGGGUGCCUGGGCCCUCGGGACUCCCCCUGAGCUCCCCUCCCCGCCCCUCCUGUCUGUCUGUCUUCCACCCCGAGGCCCAGGCUCUCGAGCCCACGUUCCGUUCCUGUCCUUCCUCUCUCUUGUGCCAAACUGACAGAAACAUCACCAGACUUGACCUUUUCUUUCACAUCCCAUUCCCCUCUUGGCCAGCUGCUCUGCUAGGUGGGUGUCGUGCUAGGGCCACCCCCCGAGGACCCCGUCCCCCAGCACUGCCCCCAUACCCAGAGACCCCCGCUUUCGCUGCUGACCCGCCACGCCUGGUGGACCCACGCCCUCUGCCCGGCUUGCUGUGGGAGGGCAGGCUGCUACUGGCCUUCAAGAGGGGUUGGGCCCGGCCCUCCUCACCACACACGGUGGGCAGCAUGGGACCACCCUGGCACGGCUUCCCACCCGCCAGCAGCUCUGCUGCCCUGGUCCCUACCAGGGAACGCAGCCCUCCAAUUUCAACCCGACUCCUUCCCUCUUUCUUGUUAAUCUCUUCCCCACCUUCACCUUCUCAAAAAUGGAAGGAAAAAACUGUGAAUGGGGAAUGCUGACUGACAAAGCAACGCAACUUUCAGAGGCCUCAACGUCUGUUCUCUGGACGUUUCCUUCACCUCUUGAGCACCAAAGUCGCAGGGCCCAGCUGCAGGCCACUGAUCGCCAUGUUGAUUUUUAACUCGACGUUCUUUUUAAUUGUUUUAAAUUUUUCAUAGGGGAGUUUUGGACAAAAAGUCACAGGGGAGAUCACUGCCAUUUUUACACACUCAACUUUUUAAAACUACAGCCAGCCACACACCGACUUCUUACACAUUUGGGACACGAGCCAGAGUUCAAAAGGGAACCAGCAGCUCUAACAUACAGAAUGGGAUUUGGGCUUUUGUACAAUAAUAAAAACAAUACAGCAUAUGGCUAGGGAAGGACAUGGUGUAUAUAACUGUAAAAUACUGUUCUGAAUUAUUCAGGCCUACACUUUCCAUUCCUGGAGUCCUCCACCUCCGCCGCACGGUGUGGUGUGUAAAGGCGCCGUCCUCCCCCCAGGUAGUUGGCCAGCUGUGGACGCUGUGAGCUUUGUCUGAACCUGUGUUGUAAGAUCCCAGGGCUCGCUCCCUCCCUCUUUCUAUGUAUCUAGAUCUUUCUUCCCUCACACUUUCUCUUCUUAGUCUCUAUUUUUCAGUCUCUUUGAGUCGUUCAGUCUCUGAGUCUCAUUUUUAAAAAUGCUCUUUUAGAACGGGAAACGGCUCAGACCUGCUGUGGCACGGGGCCUCCGUGUCUCUGUCGCGUCUGCUGUGAAGCACAUGAUGCUCUAUUUAUUGUAGAAAGUGACUUUAUUUGCUUUCUAGAAUUGUUUAUAACAGAUGGUAUAAGAGAUGAUAAACAAAAAUCUAUGCCUGUAAAGAAUACAGAAGUUAAUUUUACCUACUAUAAUAUGACUGUCGGAAACUUAUUUUCUCUCUGAGAAAUAAAUGUUCUAAUGGGCAGCA